AGGAGAAUUUGCCAAAUGCAAAAGUGACAACUGCUACAGAGACCAGGCUGGCUGACGUGGACAAUCUAAAUCAUCGCCGUCCGUCCGACAGUGACGACGAUUUUGUCGCCCUCUAGUGGACAGUCUAAGUCAUCGCCGUCCGUCCGACAAGAAGGAAUCCACAACCAGCAUCUACAUUUAAAUGCAUUUAAAUCAAAUCCGUUUCAGAGGCUCCGCCCCCUCCUGCACAUCCAUGGCUCCUCCCACUCCGCUGUGACGCCCCCUCCAGUUCGACGGCGCACGCUCGACGUUCUCUCCCCGCAGGACCCUCGCCAUGUCCGCCUUGGACCUGCCGGGAACCUCGGCGUCCUUGUGGAGUGCUGGACGUCAGUGAAGAGAGAUGAAGAUGUUGCUCCUCAUCAUGGCUGCGUGCUGCUGCCUCAGCUGGCUGUCCUCGGCCACCAUCACCACUCCCAAUGACUUUGUCUCCCUGGCAGAGAUGGAGGACGCCCUGCUGAAGAACCUCUUCCAGGGCUACCAGCGCUGGGUGAGGCCCAUCCAGCACGCCAACGAGACCAUCAGGGUCCGCUUCGGACUCAAGAUCUCGCAGCUGGUGGACGUGGAUGAGAAGAACCAGCUUAUGACAACUAAUGUCUGGCUGUGGCAGGAGUGGAUCGACUACAAGCUGCGUUGGAAUCCCGACAAAUAUGGAGGCAUCACUAACAUCCGAGUACCGUCAGAGAACAUCUGGCUCCCCGACAUCGUCCUCUACGAGAAUGCCGACGGGCGCUUCGAAGGCUCCCUGAUGACCAAAGCCAUCGUCAAGUACAACGGCGUCAUCACCUGGACGCCGCCCGCCAGCUACAAGUCGGCCUGCACCAUGGACGUCACCUUCUUCCCCUUCGACCGGCAGAACUGCACCAUGAAGUUCGGCUCCUGGACCUACGACGGCCACAUGGUGGACCUGGUCCUGGUGGACGAGCAGGUGGACCGCAAGGACUUCUUCGACAACGGCGAGUGGGAGAUCCUCAACGCCACGGGGGCCCGGGGCGACCGCAGGGACGGCCUGUACUCCUACCCCUUCCUCACGUACUCCUUCAUCCUGAAGAGGUUGCCCUUGUUCUACACGCUCUUCCUCAUCAUCCCGUGCCUGGGUCUGUCCUUCCUGACCGUGCUGGUCUUCUACCUGCCCUCCGACGAGGGCGAGAAGCUCUCGCUCUCCACCUCCGUGCUGGUGUCGCUCACCGUCUUCCUGCUGGUCAUCGAGGAGAUCAUCCCCUCCUCCUCCAAGGUCAUCCCGCUCAUCGGCGAGUACCUGCUCUUCAUCAUGAUCUUCGUCACGCUGUCCAUCAUCGUCACCGUCUUCGUCAUCAACGUGCACCACCGCUCCUCCGCCACCUACCACCCCAUGUCGCCCUGGGUCCGCAGCCUCUUCCUGCAGAAGCUGCCGCGCUUGCUCUGCAUGCGGGGUCACACCGACCGCUACCACUACCCGGAGUUGGCCCCCGAGAGCCCCGAGGUGAAGGCCCGGGCCGGCGGCGCUCGCAGGGGAGGUCAGAGGGCGAGUGGCGGGCCUUCUGAGGGGAAGGAGGAGGAGGCCUGGGCCACCAUGUUGGAUAAGGCCAUCUACUCGGUGCGCUACAUCAGCAGACACAUACGCAAGGAACACUUCAUUCGAGAGGUGGUGCAAGACUGGAAGUUUGUGGCCCAGGUGUUGGACAGGAUCUUCCUGUGGGCCUUCCUGACUGUCUCCAUACUGGGAACCGUCCUCAUCUUCACCCCAGCUCUCUACAUGUUCCUCAAAGUCCCUCCACCGAUUGCAAGUGAGGAUCCGCCUUCAGACUCGCAGCUUUAGCUCCCGGACCGCCCACGUAAUAUUAUUAGUCUGCAAAUCAGGAUUGAAUUCAUCCUUUUACUAAUUCCAUGUAUUAGUAUCCUCGCGCUCCCAAGAUAUAGAAGAACAUAAUCCUUCAACACAAACCGAGUGAACUAUAAACAACUUUAUACUUGAAGUCAGAGUAAAUCUAGACAAAUAUGCACUGCUUUUACUCCUUUCAACAUUAUUCUCCCAUAUGCACGCCAUUAUCUACUUCACUUGAGUCUCUUUUAACCUCUAAAGGCUUCAUGGCCACAUGCGUGGACAGCACCUUUUAGCUCUUAUUUCCAAAAUUGUGUACACUACUGAAUUGGGGUCUUAUGGCCACUUAUGUGGACACUUAUACUGCCAUCUGGUGGUGUCAGAAGAGUAUAACAUACAAUGGAAUUUGGAAAAAAAAAAGUGUAAAAAUAAGAAUUAGCAUGUCACUAAACAUGAAGUACACGUUUGUGUACUUAUGGACUAAGUACAUCAUAUCAAAAGAUGAUUUUUAUUCUAAUUAGGGUCUAAUAAGCCCAAAUAGCAAAGAGAAAUAAAAAUAAAAAAAGCAUGUAAACAAACAGCUUGGGCCUUAAGAGGUUAAAUGUGGGCGUUCCCUGUAAAAUAAGUACUUUUGUUUUCUCUGAAGCUGGAAUAAGUCCAGCGGCCCCAAGAAGGUGAAACAUUAUAUUGCACAUAAAGUUUGGUUGCAAUGUACAAAACCCAAAAAAACAGUGAAGUUGGCACGUCGUACAUAAAAACACUUCAGAAAACCACUGUCAUCUGUAAGGGCAAGUUAAAACUUGAUUAUGCAAAGCCAAAGCCAUUUAUCAACAACACCCAGAAACUAAGAUGGACGGAUGCAAAGUGGAAAAGUGUGGUCUGACGAGUCCACAUUUCAAAUUGUUUUUGGAAACUGUGGACGUCGUGUCCUCCCGGAACAAAGAGGAAAAGAACCAUCUGGAUUUUUGUAGGCGCAAAGUGUAAAAGGCAGCAUGUGUGAUGGUAUGGGGGUGUGUUAGUGCCCAAGACAUGGGUAACUUACACAUCUGUGAUUGCACCAUUAAUGCUGAAAGGUACAUACAGGUUUUGGAGCAACAUAUGCUGCCAUCUAAGCAACUUUAUCACGGACGCCCCUGCUUAUUUCAGCGAGACGAUGCCAAGCCACGUGUUACAACAGUAACUUCAUAGUGAAAAAGUGCGGGUACUAGACUGGCCUGCCUGUAGUCCAGACCUGUCUCCUAUUGAAAUGUUGAAGGCUAAAAUAUGAGAAGGGAGACUGUUGAACAACUUAAGCUGUACAUCAAGCAAGAAUGGGAAAGAAUUCCACUUCAAAAAUGUGUCUCCUCAGUUCCCAAACCUUUACUGAGUGUUGUUAAAAGGAAAGGCCAUGUAACACACUGGUAAAAAUGCCUUUUUUGCAAUGUGUUGCUGCCAUUAAAUUCUAAGUUCAUGAUUAUUUGCACACAAAAAAACAAGUUUCUCAGUGUGAACAUGAAAUAUCUUGUCUUUGCAGUCUAUUCAAUUGAAUAUAAGUUGAAAAGGAUUUGUUGUAUUCUCUUUUUAUUUACCAUUUACACAACGUGACAACUUCACUGGCUUUGGGUUUUGUACAUCACACGCAAUCAAAGGAUGAAAGAAACUCCCAGAAAACCAUCAAAUCUAUUCUGAUCGCUUCUGAAAACAUCCAUUGAGAUCAGGAUAAAAGGACCAUAAUUCCACUCUGUAUCAAGUAUCAAAAACCAAAAUUGUUGUCUGGUAAGUGCGACUACAGCAGGAGGGGACUGCGCGUUUAUAUGCUGUGUUUGAACAUCCAGGAUUCUUAAUAAAUACGAUUUCAUCUGGACAUUGAUCAUUGAACUAUGUGACUACUUCAUAGAAAAUAGGUAUAAAAUGUAGCGUCAUUCAAUUGAUUCUAUUGUUUUUUUUUGGACAAUUAACAUCAAUCCGUCACGGCUCAGAUGUACUAAACACAACUCUUAACAUCACAAAUAACAUCAAUAAUAAUAAUAAUUAAACCUGCAAGCAGCGAUGGACAGGAUCGACUUUGAGGGCUCAUAAAAUCCAAACCGGAGCAGUAAUUAAAACUCUUUCAUCAACUUUUAAUCAGAAGGGUUCAAUCCAAGUCCGAGUCCAUGGUUCUCGCCCGGAAAAGGGUGGAGUGCCAUCUCCGGGUUGGGGAGGAGAUCUUGCCCCAAGUGGAGGAGUUCAAGUACCUCGGAGUCUUGUUCACGAGUGAGGGAAGAGUGGAUCGUGAGAUUGACAGGCGGAUCGGUGCGGCGUCUUCAGUAAUGCGGACGCUGUAUCGAUCCGUUGUGGUGAAGAAGGAGCUGAGCCGGAAGGCAAAGCUCUCAAUUUACCGGUCGAUCUACGUUCCCAUCCUCACCUAUGGUCAUGAGCUUUGGGUUAUGACCGAAAGGACAAGAUCACGGGUACAAGCGGCCGAAAUGAGUUUCCUCCGC